AGGAUUUGUUUAAACCUUGGGAAACUGGUACAGGUCCAGGUUUUGCUUUGAUCCUUUUCAAAAACUGGAGACACAGAAGAGGGCUCUAGGAAAAAGUUUUGGAUGGGAUUAUGUGGAAACUACCCUGCGAUUCUCCGCUGCCAGAGCCGGCCAGGCGCUUCCACCGCAGCGCAGCCUUCCCCAGGCUGGGCUGAGCCUCGGAGUCUCCAAAUCCCCAGUGACCGCCGCGAGUGAGCCCUCGCCCCAGUCAGCCAAAUGCUCCUCCUCGGCCUCCUCCUGCUGACAUCUGCCCUGGCCGGCCUGAGAACCGGGACUCGGGCUGAGUCCAACCUGAGCAGCAAGUUGCAGCUCUCCAGCGACAAGGAGCAGAACGGAGUCCAAGAUCCGCAGCAUGAGAGAGUUGUCACAGUAUCUGCUAAUGGGAGCAUCCACAGCCCGAAGUUUCCCCACACUUACCCAAGAAAUACAGUGCUGGUGUGGAGAUUAGUUGCAGCUGAUGAAAACAUGCGGAUCCAGCUGACCUUUGAUGAGAGAUUUGGGCUGGAAGACCCAGAAGAGGAUAUCUGCAAGUAUGAUUUUGUGGAAGUUGAGGAGCCCAGUGAUGGAAGUAUUUUAGGAUGCUGGUGUGGUUCUGGGACUGUGCCAGGAAAGCAGACCUCUAAAGGAAAUCAAAUCAGGAUAAGAUUCGUAUCGGAUGAAUAUUUUCCAUCUGAGCCUGGAUUCUGCAUCCACUACAGUAUUGUGAUGCCACAAGUCACUGAAACCACAAGUCCUUCAGUGUUGCCCCCUUCAGCUUUGUCACUAGACCUGCUCAAUAAUGCUGUGACUGCCUUCAGUACCUUGGAAGAGCUGAUUCGGUACUUAGAACCUGAUCGAUGGCAGAUGGACUUGGACAGCCUGUACAAGCCACCAUGGCAGGUUGUGGGCAAAGCGUUUCUUUAUGGGAAAAAAAACAAAGUGAUGAAUCUGAACAUUCUCAAAGAGGAGGUAAGACUCUACAGCUGUACUCCUCGGAACUUCUCAGUGUCCAUACGGGAAGAGCUAAAGAGGACAGAUACCAUUUUCUGGCCAGGUUGUCUCCUGGUUAAGCGUUGUGGAGGGAAUUGUGCCUGUUGCCUCCAUAAUUGCAAUGAAUGUCAGUGUGUCCCACGUAAAGUUACGAAAAAGUACCAUGAGGUCCUCCAGUUGAGACCAAAAAUUGGAGUCAAGGGAUUGCAUAAGUCUCUCACUGAUGUGGCCCUGGAACACCAUGAGGAAUGUGACUGUGUGUGUAAAGGAAACACCGGAGGAUAACUGCAUCCUCCACAGCAGUGCUCAUUCCCACUGGCAUCCUGAAUCCCCCACUCCAUCCCACAUCCCCACCAGCAUCUGCCUCAGGGCCAUCAGAUGCUUCGGUCAACUGUGGUAAAGAUCUUACUCAUUGUCUCCAUCCAAAAUCUAAGUUGUUUGCUUCAACAGCCUUCCACAGCAGGAUUUAAAAGUGUUCCAAAAGAAGAGGCACCAAGAGGAGUCAGGAAUUACACAGCAGUGCUUUUCAGAGGAAGGUCAAAGGAUGGAAGAGGUCUUCAACCACAAAAUCAAAUGAAGUGUUUGUAGAUCACUAGCAAGCUUCAGAAUGGCAGCAUACAGCAUGCUAUAAUUUAGUUGUCUUGAUAUGGGCAAGUGAUGUCAACACAAGAAAAUGGUGAAAACGCACAGUUGGAUUGUGAACAAUGUAGAAAGACUUGGAUUUUUCCCUUAUGUUUGCAUAUACAAGUCUAAAUGGUGUAUGUUCUAGAAACUCAGCUUUUAGAUAGCAGCUAUGCUGCUAUGAGGUAAAUGUGCUGAUAGGAAAGACUGGAUUUUCCACACUUAGUAACUUCUCUGCCAUUUGGAAGAAGAGAAGUACAGUCAUGGUUUGGAGGAAGCACAAUCACACAGAGGAGUGGCCUUCCCUCUGAGGUGAUGUAUGUGUUUCAUUGUGUACAUUUUUAUAUUUUCCUCUUGACUAUACCUGUUGGCUUUUCUAAUCAUGUUAAAUAUCUCUAUUUUUACCAAAGGUAUUUAAUAUUCUUUUUUAUGACACAUGAGAUCAACUAUUUUUAGCUUGAUAAAUUUUUCUAAGCAGAAUUGUUAUAGCCAGAGGAACAAAGAUGAUAUAAAAUCUUGUUUCUCUGACAUAAACACAUGUAUUUCUUUCUUGUAUGGUGCUAGAGUUUAGAGUCAUCUGUAUUUGAAAAGAUGGAAUGGGGAAGUCAAUAGAAUUGAUAGGUCACAGAGACAUUUUGAUAACAACUGGAUUAUUAUCAAUACCCACUUCUAUUCUUAGAGCUACAAAUAAAGGAGAAUAUGUGUAUACACUCACAUGGAGACAUUUUUAAUCUAACACUUUCUGUGGGUAAUAGGAGUGGAGCUCGGAGAAACAGAGAGACACCUUCCUGGAACAGAGCGACCACUUCCAGACACAGUGCUACACUGCAUUGUAUGGACACAUCCUAUUUAUUGUGAUGCUAGGGUUUUUGUACCUAUAAACUCUGCUCCAUACACUUGUACAAAUACAUGCAUAUUUUUAUGUACAGAGGUAUAUCAUUUAAGGAGUUCACUUAUUUUGUACUCUUUGGCAACUGAAAAGAAAAUCAGCAUAAUACAUCGCUUGUAAAAUGCUUAAUACUGUGCCUAGGUUAUGUGGUGACUAUUUGAAUUAAAAUGUAUUGAAUCAUCAAAUAAAAGAAUAUGGCUAUUUUGGGGACAA